CUUUCACUAACAUGGUUUGAAGAUGCGCUCUUAGGCUUCAGUCAGCGUCCGACCUGCAAUCAUGAUAGGUGUUAGUGUAUUUAUUAUAAUAGCGGUGUGCGCGGAAUGGAGUUCCGCUCAAUUUCUCAAUCACCGGCCGUAUCCAACUUACAGCUUAGAGAACAUGCCGGAUACGGGUUUCUCAUGUAGGGAUAAAAUUUUAGGAGGCUAUUACGCUGAUCCUGAAACGCAGUGCCAAAUGUUCCAUGUCUGCGUAAAAGUCUCGGGUGUUGGUGUACAAGAUUUUCGUUUCCUUUGCUCAAAUGGCACCGCUUUUGAUCAGGAUCAUCAGAUCUGUGCAGAUUGGCAGGACGUGGAUUGCGAUGCUACAACGCUUUACUAUUCGAGCGACAACUUCGACCUUUACCGUAUCGGUUCAGGUUUUGAAUCGAAAGCUGUGAAAUACGGUGAAGAUGAAGAACCGUUCUCGCUGCAGCGCGCUGAGACGGGUGACGUAAGGAUAAACCGCGAGCAUCAAGCGCAGAGAAUUAAUCAACAGCGCGAGAACUACAAUUAUAGGCCCUCUAACAAUCAGCAACAUAAUACUAAUCGUAACUCCUAUAAUAGCAAUAAUAGCGAAAAGGAUAUCUUUAAGAGCUCCAGCAGCUCGAAUUUCUUUAACAACAGAAAUGGUGGUAAAGAAACCGAUGAUGACGAUUAUGAAUCUGGCGGAAACCAAAAUCAGGAUAAUGACCAAUACCAAAGGCGAAAAUUAUCCGGACGCAAGCAGAAUCGGCGGCCUAUUAACGAAAAUUCGACUGAGAGACCUCGACCGAAUGGCUUCUCAAACAAUUUUGCCGGUAGUAGUUAUUUGCCAUCUAGCACAACUGUUCGUUCAACCCCCGUUGUCACUGAAAACCCCCAGUAUAACCCAAGAACUCGCCCACGCGCUCGAGUUAGCCCCCAAUACAACAACGCCGAUAACUUCCGCCAAUCGACAGGUAAAGGGUACGAAGAUGAUGGUAGAUACCGCGGAGAGAAUAAUAAUAAUAAUAAUGGGCAGUAUAAUCGUAAUUUCCCAACUACCCAAUACGCAGUGAGUACCCCCACGCCAUUUAAACAGUAUAAUGGAGAAAAUAGUACACCCAGAUAUAAUUUUAAUCCCUCGACUUCAUCGGCUCCACAAACUCAGGCGCGAUCGACGGAAAACUACCCCUCAGCAUUCAGUCAACCCCAACAAAGAUACCAGAAUGCUCAAAGGGUAACUGAAAAUUACCCCUCAACUAACUUAAAUAAACAAGAAAACUACCAGACAGCUUCUGUGCAAACGCAAACGCAGACUAGAGAAGCAGAAAUCUACCGCAAUACGGCUCAGCAGCAACAACAGCAGCAAUAUUACAAGGAUCAAUACGAAACGACGAAAGUGAAACCGUAUGAAAGUUAUCCCACCGCGUAUAAUACUCAAACGAAAAAACCAACAACCCCAUUUAAACAAGCAGAGAAUUAUCCAACAACGUACUCGCCAAAACAAACCAAAGAUUUUAAGAACGUACCUUAUACGCAACAAUCGAGCACAUACUCUCCGGAAACCAACCCUACCUACACCCAAGGAAAUCAGCAGCCAACAACCUACAAUAGGCCAAGUGUUUCUAUCCAACACACCCCUCCGGUAACUAACCAUCAGCAGCAGGACACAGUAAAAACAACAUUCAACACAAGUCCGCCCAGUAGUCAACCAACAAUUAAUCAACACCCGACUUUCAAACAAACACCAAUCUACAACUCGGCACCAAUUCAGCGUCAAACACCCCAAUACACCCAAUACACACCGACCGUUCCGCGCAUCACAACCCCAUACCACUCAUCAACCACCCCCGCAAUUCCUCGCCGGUCGAAUCGCUUCGACGAAACGCAAUACGACGACGGAUCCUACAACUCCAAAUACGACAACGAGGACGACAAGCGCGACGAGGAAUUCCUGAAGGCGGCCCACAGCAUAAACAUCGCGAGCAGCCGAAACGAGUACAACCAAAACAGCAGGAACGCGCCGUCGACGACGCAAAAACCGCGACCGUUCUCCGUCACGCCCGCCCCCUACAAACCGACCGAGAACCUAACGACCCACAGGCCGAACGUCAGCAAACAAUCGCCGCCGCCACCGGCGACGAACAAUUACAGAAGUACAGCGCCCGCGAAAAAGGUUAAGGAUGUCAGUUACGAUUACGCCUAUUACGACACGAACGUCGGCAGCGAUCACGAGUACGAUAUAGCGGUGGAUAUCGAAAAAUCAGUUAAAAGUAAAAAACAAUAGAUUUAGUAUUAUUAGUAUAGUGAUAUCUUUAAUUUCAUGCAUCUCUCUAUUUAAAAAUGUUUUACCUUGAAACUGUUUCAACUGUGAGUUUUUUUCCUUUUUUUCGUUAAUUUAAUUACUUUGUCCUAAUUAUUGUACAUAUUGUAUUAUUUUAUUAUAAAAAGUUUUUUUUACGUUGUGUUA